AGGAGCACGUCCAGACACAAAUAGAGACUCAGUCAGUCGUGUCUGGAUAACUCAGAGGAGCUGCUCCAACUCUGAAGACUAUUGUUUUGGAACAUGUAAUGCAGAAAACAUUUCAUUGCAGGAUUUCAGCUACAGUAAGCUGUCCUAGCAUUGAUUGACAGUGCUCUGUCUGGACAGUACUGUAACUCCAUCUAGAGGUGUCUGCUGAAGAACUUAGCGAAGUGAAAGUGACGUUCAUCCUGCAAGCUCCAUUUAUGUGAAUGUACUUUUUCUGUGAUUGAAACUUCAGGAAGGCAUGACGGGUCAGGAGAGGAGUGAGGAGAAGAGUGAGUGUAUGUCCCUGUCUCCAAUGAUGGAGGCUGUCCCUGCCCCACCUGAGAGUGAGAGGGUGUGUGUGUUUGGGACGGGGGACCUGGGGCGCUCUCUGGGCCUGCGUCUGCUGCAGGUGGGGUACGGUGUGGUGUUCGGCAGCCGACGGCCCCACAGCAACAGCAGCCUCAUACCCCACGGAGCACAGGUCCUGGGUCAUGCUGCAGCUGCUCAGUCAGCCCAUCUGAUCUUCAUCGCUGUCCAGAGAGAACACUACGACUUCCUGGUACCACUGGCCAAUCAGCUGAAGGGAAAGGUGUUGGUGGACCUCAGUAACAACCUGAGGAAGAAUCAGUACCCAGAGGCUAACGCAGAGUACCUGCAAAGUCUGGUCCCUGGAGCUGAGGUGGUUAAAGGCUUCAACACCUUGUCUGCCUGGAGUCUGCAGAAUGGACCUUCAGAUGCCAACAGACAGGUGUAUAUCUGCGGGGAAAGUGUGGAAGCCAAGCAGGCAGUGAUAGCGGUAGCCAUCAAGCUGGGUUUCAGUGCCCUGGACCGGGGAUUUCUCUCAGUGGCCCGGGAGCUGGAGGACUUCCCCCUACAGCUGUUCCCCCAGUGGAGGCUCCCCCUGCGCAUCGCCAUUGGCCUCAGUGCUGCCUUCUUCUUCUACCUGCUGAUCAGAGACAUCAUCUAUGCAUACGUCACCCAGAGCAAAGACAUCUCCUUCAGAAUCAUGGUCUCACUGGCCAACAAGGUGUGUCCCAUCGUGUCUCUGAUCAUGCUGUCUCUCUGUUACCUGCCUGGUGUCCUGGCUUCCUUCCUGCAGCUCUACAGAGGCACCAAGUACAGGCGCUUCCCUGAUUGGCUGGACCGCUGGAUGCUGUGCAGGAAACAGCUGGGUCUUCUGGCACUGGGGUUCGCCUUUCUGCACGUGCUCUAUACACUGAUCAUACCCAUACGGUACUAUGUGAGGUUCAAGGCCACUGAACGCACUGUCUCUAUGAUCAGAGAGAACAGGACCACUGAGUUUGACACGACGACGGCCUGGCGUGGGGACUCCUACUUAUCCCUGGGAAUUCUGGGAUUUGGCCUGUACGUCCUGUUAGGAAUCACAUCUCUUCCCUCCGUCAGUAACGCUCUCAGCUGGAGGGAGUUCAGCUUCAUACAGUCCAAGCUGGGUCACCUGACUCUGCUGUUGUGUACGGCGCACACCUACCUGUACGGCUGGAACAGAUUCCUGAGUUCCUCCACCUACAAGUGGUACACCCCACCGGGCUACAUGCUGUGUCUGGUGCUUCCCUCUGUGGUGCUGCUACUCAAGCUGCUGCUCAUAACCCCCUGUGUGGACCGAACCAUCACACGCAUACGACAGGGCUGGGAGAGGGGGGCAGAUCAGAGGAACCCUAAAGACAGCCAACCACUGAUACCUUAAAGGACACACACACAGACACACACACAAAAUAACACCCUCGGUGUGAUGACAGCUUUGUCUUUGAGGCAUGAACUCUAAUUUCUUUGCUAUUGUACCCUCAGAGGUUGGCUACCAUUCAAUCAUCGUUUGCCAUGAUUCUGGGAUCAAAAACAAACAAUAACAUUUAAUUGAUAUGCAGUCAAAUUUAUUUUUAUAUUACACUGUAAACAUUGCAGCAUUUUAAAACAUAUAUUUUCAACAGUACACAAACCAGACACUAGUUUUCACUGGUGUAAGCUCUCUCUAUCACUCUCUCAUAUUCUCUCUUACUGUACAUCCUCUCUCUUCUUUGACUGAUUGUACAGUUAUCCCCAGAUGAAACACAGGUUUCCGAGACAUAUAAACGUUUUUAAAUGUA